GAGACCAACUUUUAAUGAAAAGGCGACGACGCUUAGUCAUAACCAACACACUCGUACAAACACUGAUAAAGAUAAACAACAACAACAAGAGAGAAUCAAAAUAAAUAUAUAAAAUGUCCUACCAUGUUGUAGAUAUGACGGAUCCCUCCGAGCUACAGCCCGUGCUGCACUCCAAGCAUGCAAAGAAUCUGCUGCGUUUUCUUCACUUGUUGCCUGCGCGCAUGUCCUCGCAUGAUAACACCAGGAGCACCAUUGUAUUUUUUGCCGUCUGUGGCCUAGAUGUGCUCAACUCGCUGCACUUGAUAUCCCCACAGCUGCGCAAGGACAUCAUCGACUGGACCUACGGCGGCCUUGUGGUGCCACGCGAAAACGAAAAGCGACGCGGCGGCUUUAUGGGCUGCCGCGCCAUGUUACCGAAAACGGAGGACGCUGAGCUGCUGGAAUGCAUGCGGCAGUAUCAAUGGGGUCAUCUUGCCAUGACAUAUACCAGCAUCGCAGUGCUGGUGACACUGGGCGAUGAUCUGUCGCGAUUGAAUCGACAGAGCAUCGUGGAGGGCGUGGCGGCGGUGCAGCAUGCGGAUGGCAGCUUCAGUGCCUCCAUCGAUGGCAGCGAGAAUGAUAUGCGCUUUGUGUACUGUGCAGCCACCAUUUGCCACAUGCUCGACUGCUGGGAUGGCGUGAACAAGGAGGCCAUGUUUCAGUUUAUAAUGCGCAGCCUACGCUACGAUUACGGCUUCAGUCAGGAGCUGGAGGGCGAGUCGCACGGUGGCACCACAUUCUGUGCGCUGGCCGCACUGGAGCUGAGCGGACAGCUGCAUCGCCUGGACGAGACGACGGCGGAGCGCAUUAAGCGAUGGCUUGUCUUUCGGCAAAUGGACGGCUUUCAGGGGCGACCCAACAAGCCGGUGGAUACGUGUUAUUCCUUUUGGAUUGGCGCUGCGUUGCGCAUUUUAAACGGCUUUGAGCUGACCGACUAUGCUCAGAACCGUGAAUACAUACUGAGCACACAGGAUGAACUAAUUGGCGGCUUUGCCAAAUGGCCAAAGUCCACGCCAGAUCCUUUCCACACGUACCUGGGCCUAUGCGGUCUCGCCUUCAUCGGUGAGCCGGGCUUGAGCGCUGUCAUGCCCAGCCUGAACAUCUCCAUGGCCGCCUAUAUGCAUCUCAAUCAACUGCACGAACGCUGGCGAGCCAACAACAGCGGCCUUACCCAUGACCUUACCCAGUUGAAGCUGUCCGUGGGCAGCAGCGCGGAAGCGGCCACAAAUCCUACCUCGAGCUCGUCUCUGAUAUCAGCACAAUGAUGGGAACUGCAACCAAUUUGUAUUUGUACGCUUAUUGCUGGCAAAUUUUUUGCAAACGCUUUUAAAACAUUUUUUUUAAAUCUGGUAUUUAAGUAAAAAGUUGAAAACAUGAGCUGGAACUUAACGUGUAUAAGUAGAUUAACUGGGUAACGCGAACUUCUUGUAACUUUAACAACGAACAGCUAGUUUUUAUGGCAUUAACAUCUUUAACUAAUGAUUUUCUGCUUGUUACACCAAUUACGGAUCAUUCUUUCUUUUUAGCCAGAAUAUAUUAGUUUCUAUAUUGUACUUGUAUAGCUUAAAUUAAGUUUAACAACUGUAAGCUUAAGCUAAACAAUUGUAUUAAACUACGUCCAU